AUGGUUUUCGAAAAAUCUGGAUUUGUACAAAUAUGGACAUUAUUUUCUGCGAAAGAAAAACGAAAUAUUAUGUUUUAUAUUAUUGGAAUCAUGCUUUAUAAAUUUGGAUUAGAAGCAUUCAAUGGAUCUAUUGUAACACUUGCGACAAAUCGUUAUGAUCACGAUGCUAUGGUUAGUGGAAUAUCUUCAAAUACAUUUGAACGAGUUGGAUUAAUAUCUGGUCUUAAUCAAGCAUUUCAAUGUAUUGGUUCAAUACUUGUUGCACCUCUUACUAAACGUUGGCCAACACGUACUGUAUUAUCAAUUUCAAUCUUUAUAUUUGCUUUAUUUUCUGCUAUUCUUCUAAUUGUUGACGCAGCAACUGGUGGUCGCGUCCAACCACCGGAUUUUGUACCAACAAAUAAUACUGUUUAUAUGUAUUAUGGUCGAUAUAAUACAAAUGGAAUUAUACCAAUUUAUUGUAUAACUGGUAUUGCUUAUGGAAUGGUUGAAUUAAUUCGACGAGUUAUUCCAAGAGAUAUUGUUGGUGAUAAUGGUGAAAAAUUACAAAAAAUGGAUGCAUUAGUUCAUGUUUUUUAUGAAGUAGCCGGUGUAAGUGGAGCAUUUGUUACAGGUCUUGUUUUGAUUCCUCGUUUAGGCAAUAAUUAUGCAUUUAUUGUUACGCCAAUAUUAUUUACAAUGGCUGCAAUUAUUUGGCUUUUUAUUAGUUCAUUUGGAUCAAAUAUGAAUACAUCCGAUAAUGAAAUUAUGUUGACAAAUAAAUCAAAUUAUUUUAAAUCAGUUCUAGAAGGAUUUGUUCUUUUUGGAAAAUCAUUUUUUAUUGGUGCAAAAAUUAUAUUUACUCAUCGAAAAUUUAUAUGGUUAUGGACUUGUUAUUCAUUGACACUUUAUGCACAUCGUUAUAUUGAAAAUGGUAUUGCUCCACAAAUAGCUAAACGAUAUCUUGGUCAUUCUGAAUGGUCACAAAUUAUUGUUGGUGGUUCGAAUUUAGGUGAAUUACUUGGUGCUUUAUUUAUAUUUAUUGUUGGAAAUUAUAUUAAAACACCACUUCCUUGGUCUCGAUUAGAUGCAUUAAUAUUACUUAUUGUUUGGUAUAUUCCAUAUUAUUAUCCACCUACAAAUGAUGUUAAAAUUGCUUGGAUUAUUGCUGCAACAUAUCUUCCAAUUGGUUUUGCAUCAGCUGCUGAUGAUAUUGCAUUGAAUUCAUUUAUUCAAUCAUCUUUAAGUAAUUUAGAAUUACAACAUAAAAAUAUAUCAGCAUUAGGUGCAGUUGCAGCAUUUUUAUAUUCAUCUUAUAUUAUUAUUUAUGCUAUUUUAAAUCCACUUCUUGGAAAAUAUCUUGAUAGUGUGCAUGAGUCGACUAAAACUAUUCGACCAGCAUUUAUGAAUACAGUUGCUAUUCAAAUGACUGUGAUUGCAAUAUUAGUGUUUGCAUCGACAUUUAUUCCAAAAGGUGCUUUUUCAUUCAAUCCAAAAUUUAUUGAUAAUGAUAAUUCAACAGAUACAAUUGAUAGCGAAAAAAAUAUAAAUGAUAAUGAUCAAGUUACGAAAGAAAAAGACAUAAGUUCAGAUUUGAUUUCUCAUUUUUGA